AUGAAGGAGCUGACCGCUGACCAGCGACGUGCUGUCAUAGACCACCUUCUCGUACGCGUUGUUCAGCACCCGUGCAAGCUGCAAUGUGGGGCCAUACUUGAAGUGGCUCGCAUCUUUGGGCGCAACCCACGAACUAUUAGCAAGAUAUGGCAACGUGCCAACGUGUCGCUUGGUGGCGACAACUUGCCCAGCCGCGAAAUGAUAUGUGAGCACACCGCCAGCAUGAAGAAAGGCCGCGUUGGGCGCAAACAAAAGUACACCGACCUCCCCGAACUAAAGUACAACUCUAACGUCAAGCCCAAGUUGACCGACGUCAACAAGACUGCCCGCGUCAAAUGGGCCGUCGACUUCGUCGAGCCCACCGACACGUACGCGUUCCACGACAUGUACGACUACGAGCCUCCACAUCGGUCGACUCAAAGCAAGCGAUUCAUCACCAAGGUGAUGUUCUUGUCGGCAGUUGCACGACCUCGAUGGGACAACGCCAAGUCCGAAUGGUUCGAUGGUAAGAUCGGCACGUGGCACUUCACCCAGCAUGUUCGGGCAGCCCGCUCGUCUCGAAACCGUCCCGCGGGGACAAUGGAGCUGCGACCUGUCAACGUAACACGCCCUGUGCACAAGAAGAUGCUCAUCGACAACGUCAUACCUGCCAUCAAAGCUCUCUGGCCGGCCGACUGUUCGAAGACCGUCUUCAUCCAACAGGACAAUGCCCGCCCGCACGUCCCACCUAGUGACGCCGACAUUGUCAAGGCCUGCACGUCCGAUGGGUGGGCGAUGAAGUUGAAGUACCAACCACCGAACUCGCCGGACAUGAACAUCUUGGACCUCGGGUUCUUCCGCGCAAUCCAAGCACUCCAGCAGACGCACCACUCGAACACCUACGAAGGCAUCGUGAAUGCGACGAACAACGCGUGGAAGGACGUAGACCCAUGGUCGUUGGAGCGCAACUUUUUGACGCUGCAAUCAUGCUUGCGUGAGGUCAUCGGCUGCGCCGGCGGGAACUCCUACAAGAUUCCGCACAUGAAGAAGGCUGCUUUGAAGAAAUGUGGCCGCCUACCCGAGUCUGUGUCGUGCGGCAAAGACGUCUACGACGAUGGUUGCACACUGCUCGGCCAGGUCGACCUAAGCACCGUCAUGCUUGAGCUGCUUCCGAGGUGGCACCAGCGAUCGCUGUUCUUCGUGGCUGCGACAUUGAUUGCAUGUUGCUUCAUAUUCCAAGUGAUAUACAGUUCUCAUGCGUUGGAGAACCUGCAUGUGCCCAGCGUGCGGCGCGAGGCGGCAUUUGUCCGCGCCAUCGUGGUACAUCUCCCCAGAGAUCGAGAUGACGACGCCGUCGACGAAUUCAGGUGGCUACAUGCGAGUUGGAAAGACAUGGUUCAACACCAGCCGUCCACGUGGCGUACGGACCUGGUUGUGGUUCCCGACGGAGCAGCUCUUGCCGGGGGCGAUGGGAUUCUCCCGUCCGACUUGAAGUGCACUGUGUCAUCGCUCGUCAAUCGGCUGAAGCCGAGCCAAUGCUUCGUCCUUCCAUCUACUCAUUCCGCAACGGACGUGGCAUUCACAGUCGACUUCGACGCUGUACACUCCUUCCAAGCCAUAACCACGGCCGACCUCUCCGUGUACGACUGGGUUCUCAUCACACACCCGAACGCGAUCAUCGGUCCAGCAUUCGCAGGCUGGAAGCCAACCGUCUUAACUGUUGGCAGCGGUCUCAGCGACGCUCCGUUUUCCAACUCUGUGCUGCACGCCAUGAAAUCCAUUGGCCAGGACCUUGGACUGACCUCAUUUGAGCCAACCAAACACACGUUUGGGUUGUCUUGGUAUGGACCUACGUCCGACGUUCAAGAGUGCGGCAAACUCAUGCUCGAGUUGCUCGAUCAUUUGCACCAACACCUCGAACGUGGCGCCCUGAACGAAGCGAGUGAUUGGCACCGUGCGUUGCCAGAGGUGGCUGCGUCGAUGGCAUUACCUGAAUGUACCCAGUUCAACGUGGCUUUCCAGCCGUCGAUGCUGGACGUGCCAGUGCUGCGGUUGGACGCCGUGUCUAGACAUGCCGUGCUCAUUCCGUCGCCAAUGUUCACCACAUUGGUAUACGAGAAGGCCACAACAUCGUUGCUCCAGAACGACCACUCGACCAUUGGCUUUGCACUAGCCAUCGCGCGGUCGUCAGCCCCUGCCGUGAAUCCAUUGUUGCUCCAGAACGAAUUCACGACAACCCUCAACCAAUCGUCGUUUGUGCGGGCGAUCGUCGUGUCGUUUCGGUUGGCCACGAACCGCACAGGUCACGUCGAGCUGCGGGGGCUCCACCGAAGCUGGCAGAUCAUGCUCCGCGACCAGCCCCCCGCGUGGCGCACCGACCUCGUCGUGUUCGCCGACACGCCGUCGCGUCUGUUUGACCAGUUGAAGUGCUCGUCGUCGUUCGUUCGGCAAGCCGGCGACGACACCCCCAGCCGGUGCAUUGCCGUUAUCGUCGCCAAUUCGCCUGACUCAGCUCAGUCGGACGCAGGGGGUAUUCUGGCUACGCUGGCCACGCACCCCCCCGUGCUAGCGUCGUACGAGUGGCUCCUUCGGUCGGACCUGGAUACGUUCGUGGCCCCUCGUUUUGCCACGUGGAAACCGUCCCAGUUCAGUGUCAGCCGACCUAUCGUUCCGUACUGCGUGCCGGGAACGUUUACGUGCGCCAACCUUGCACGAGUGGCGUCUGAGAUGGGUUUUCAAGUGCCCGUAAAGCGACAGUCAUACGGAUCGACGUGGUACGGACCGUCCAAAUUGGUGCAAGCAUGUGCCAAGGUGGCCAUGCGUGUUAUCAAUCACUUGACCAACGUCGGCAUGCCCUCAUUGGACAACCAUCAAGGACAUCUGGACGCCCAAAGAACCAACCUUCCCUUGUAUGCAGGACACGUGGCGUUGCAGCAGUGUACGACCUUGCCCGUCCAACGCCGACGACCAGAUGUCCUCGAAGUGUCGACAUCGUCCUCCCGACCACUGGACUCGAUGGUGCAUUUGAAAGCUGGAACCGACGAACACGGGUUCAGUCUGUUUCACGCUGCCAAGUUGCAUGGGGACGUGGGGGACACGGCCAUCGCCAAAGACUUUGCCGCCAAAAUCGCAUGGGAAGCCGCCAAGGACGUGACCGACAGCAGCACUCAGCAUGCGUUGCACGAGUCGUUUGUACGAGCGGCGGUCGUGUACUUGCCUGGCGAUAACACCAAGUUUCAAGCCGAGAUGCGCUGGUUGCAUGCCAGUUGGGUGGAUAUGGUGCAGCACCAACCAGCCAAAUGGCGGACUGAUAUUGUCGUCUUCACAGAUGGAGACCUGCCAUUGUGGAAGUACUUGAACUGCACCACAACCAUUCGAACCAGUCCAGAUGAACCCAACCGGUGUGUUCUAGUUCCCGGGUACAAAAAGGUCAAGUCCAGCUCGUUUGACUAUGGGUUUGCAGACUCGAUCAACGUCGUGGCCAUUGCGAAUGAAGCCACGAAGCCAUACGAUUGGAUCCUUCGCACAGACAUCGACACGUUCUUCACACCAGCGUUUGCCACGUGGAAGCCACUCAAUCAACAUGCCACGUAUUUGGCCCUCACGUCGCAGUAUGCCCAAGUACCCGCAUCUUCGAAUCAGUCCGACUCGUUCGUGCGGGCGGCGGUGGUGUUCGCUCCAGAGGGAAGCGGGGAAGCUGGUUUCCGGUGGUUCCACUUGAGUUGGCAGACGAUGGCGCUGAAGGAGCCGGCGCUUUGGCGGACGGACCUGGUGGUGUUUGCAACCGAAGAGUGGCCGUACUUUGGCGAGUUGAACUGCACGUCAGUGCCCCGACGAGAUCGCGUGGAGCCCAACCGAUGCAUCGUCGUAUCUUCGUACAAGAGCGUCAUGACAAGCGACUUUGUCUUUGCCAAAGCAGAUGACAUCCACAUCUUGACCACCCACGAAACCUACCUGGACACUUAUGAUUGGCUGCUCAAGACAGACCUCGAGACGUUCCUGACGCCAGCGUUUGCCACGUGGAAGCCCACGUCGUUUACAUUUGGAUCGUCUGGGGGGUACUCCUUCCCUGGCCAGCCAACAGCCAAACGCCUCGCGUCCAUCGCCGCCACUCUGCAGUUGACUGGGCCGACAGUCGAGGACAUUGGAUCAUCGUGGUAUGGCCCUGCGUCAGUUGUACGAUCUUGUGCGACGCUGGCCGUUCGACUGAUGCACCACCUGCACGCCCACGAGUUUAACGCUACGGAGAAGUCGCCUGAGUAUUACCAGGUCAAGAUAGCCGGGUGGCCACAUUGGCACUAUGGGAUUCUGCACAUGUACGCUGGUCACUUGGCGGUUCCACAUUGCACCAAAGACUCUGGAGGGUUUACCAAGCAAACCAGCAUGAUGGACUUCUCCACCGAGUCCAAGGCCAGCGUCAAGAAGCACGCCCAUUUGAG